AUGGCUCUCCUGCUGAAUUCCUCCGCUUCUCCCUGCAUGAACCCCUCGAGCGGUCCUAUUCCCGACGGCCAGCCACUUGAGACCACCAUCGGAGCCCUCCUUAUCGGCACGUUCCUUGGCCUCGUGCUGUUUGGCAUUGCUGCACAUCAAGCGUGGCGCUACUUCAUUUUCGGGACCGAUACAAAGCUGCUGCGGGGUUGGGUGUCGUCGAUCAUGUCUGGCAACAUGCUCGGGAUAUUUACGGGUUUGAUCAUUGUCUUAUGCCAGAGGUACAGCCACCAGAAUUUCGUAUAA